UCGCGAUCCCACUCGCAUUAUCAAUUCACGCUUCGCGAAGUAAACACCUACACUACAUCUGCAAUAAUGACAGGCCGCGGCAAAGGAGGCAAAGGCUUAGGCAAAGGUGGUGCUAAGCGGCACAGAAAAGUACUUCGAGACAACAUCCAGGGCAUUACCAAACCUGCCAUCAGAAGAUUGGCCAGAAGAGGAGGGGUCAAAAGGAUAUCUGGUUUAAUCUAUGAAGAAACGAGAGGAGUUUUAAAAGUGUUUCUGGAGAAUGUUAUAAGAGAUGCUGUGACGUAUACGGAGCAUGCUAAAAGGAAGACCGUCACAGCUAUGGAUGUAGUUUACGCGUUGAAGAGGCAAGGAAGAACGCUUUAUGGUUUUGGAGGUUAGGUUUAUAGAAUAAAUGUUAAUAAAGAUUUGUUGUUGAUUUGUUUUGGUUGACAAGGUCCUUUUCAGGACCGCA